GGAGGGCCAACACGCGGUCUCUGUUGUUGAAGCCAACUCUGGCCACACUGGAUUCAACAUGGCGGCGCACGUCAUGCAGGAGCUAGAAAGCUCCGCACAGAUUCUCCUGGCUCCACCUAAUCAAGUGACAGCUGAGCAACGACAUGCGGCUGAAAGAACAUUUCUGGACUUUCAAAAUACUCGAGCUCCAUUUGAGCUUUGCAAAUGCAUCUUGGAAACCAGUGCUGUGGGUUACGUGCAGUUCCAGGCAGCAUCCUUACUCAAGCAGGGCCUCAUCCGCGAGUGGAAGUACAUGGAGCCGGGACAGUGGCAGGCGCUAUGGCAACACCUGCUGCAGCUGCUAGCAUGCAGGCCGAACAUGGAGAACUACGUGCGCGAGGAACUGGCAUUGGUGCUGGCCCUUGGCUCCAAGCGCGCCAGUGUGGAAGAUGGUGCUGACGCCCUGAACGAUAUUCUCCAACAGUCGACGCAGAUGGUGGCUUCUGGAGAGCAGCACCUGCAAUCUCUUGGAUGCUCUCUGCUAAGUGCUUUGUUGGUCGAGUUCUCGAGUUCCACACGAGCAACAGAUGUUGGCCUCACGUGGGAAGUUCAUCUCAGAGCCAAGAAGUCGUUUGAA